UGUAGAUGUGCCACACGUAGUCGGUGGUCGCAUGUACUCGACUCCAAACACUGCAAUUGUCAAUAACAUUCCUCCAAACGAUCAGCCUGUGCCAAUCAACCCACCCAUGAAUCCCAGAGUCUGUAUGCUUCCCCCUACCAUACGUCCACCGCCAACCAUGAUCAGCGCACCGGAACCGUAUAACAACGGGUUGUUGUAUCGCUAUAUGGCCGACCCCUACGCUGGCAAUUAUGUCUUUCCUUGGAAUGCGCGGGUUCCAGGUCCUGCAAGCUCUCCUAUCUAUCAUCAGCCCCCCAAUUCAAACAUUGCAGAGGCCAUUCCGUUUUCGGCACCAAUGGGUCAUCCUCAUGAUCGCCCGCCACCCAGCCUCCAACAUAUAGACUUACAGAAGCAUCAACACAUGGUGGCUGCUACCCAUCGACCUCGGGCUUUUCCUUUUCCAGGUGUUCCGCCCAGUAACGUCAUCGACUUAGAUCGAAUCGAAUGUGGAAGUGAUCCACGCACUACCUGUAUGAUCAAAAACAUCCCGAACAAAAUCACGGAUGAAAUGUUGUUCAACUUCAUCAAUGAAAUUUGUCCCCGAGGAUUUGAUUUCCUGUACCUCAGAAUGGAUUUCAAAGCGCGCCUGAAUGUGGGCUAUGCUUUUAUCAACUUCUUGAGUGUGGAGAACGUCUUGAAGUUUGCCAAAUCAAAGCUUGGCGUGAAGUGGGGCGUCUUUUUGUCCGAAAAAACCGUGCAGAUGUGCUAUGCCUCUAUACAAGGUAAAGAGAACCUUAUUGAGAAGUUCCGAAAUAGCGCGAUUAUGGAAGAAGAAGAAUCCUUUCGACCUAAGGUCUAUCACUCAAGCGGGCCUUUAGCUGGAUUACCGGAACCCUUUCCUCACGCGAACGACCUGCAGCGCAAAGCUCGUUCGCAGGCUAAUGCCGCACUUUCUGCUAGACCGACGAUGCAAUCCGCUGGAGGUUCGAUGCAAAUAUGAUUAUCUGAUCCUUUGCCAUUUUCGAGGCGUCGAAUUUGCCGUAACCGUGUUAAUUAGCACUUGACUUUGAAUAAGUGGCUUGUGUUUGUAGCUUUCUUCUUUUAUGCUUUGAAGCUGUGUGGCGCGGACUUCUUCUUUCCCAAACCUUGUACAUCACAACAUUGUCAUUUUUCUUUCUCUUCUUCCUUCCUUCUUUACAUUUGUUUUGGAAAGUCUCUUCACAACCAUUUAGUGAAAAAAGUUGCAUUUAAAUUUAUCAAAUAGACAUUCUUCAAUCCAUAACAAUUACAGUUGUAUGUAUGUAUUUCUCAGAUGUUAAAUGGAAUCAUCAUAUGUUUUAGUUGAUCCAGAAAAAUACUUUCUUGGACAAAUCCCC